CCCAGUGCAUAUGAAAAAUGUCAAUGGCGUAAGCCGCGUUGUCGUCAAUCGGUACGUCGGUAGUUCGGUGAUGUGAUGUGCAGAACAGCAAUUUAGGUUGAAAGCUUUCGACAUGGUUUUCAGCCUGUCUCACGUGAUGUUUUGCCACAUUGUUUCACGCAAGUUAUCAAAAUAUUCACGAUGCGAUUAGUACUACCGACAGCUGAAUAAGAAUGUCAUCUGCUUCUCCAUAUGCUGUCUGGCAUGGGGACGUUGAGGCUGGACACAUAAACCUUACAGGUGCACCACCUUCUUGGUCACAGAGGUUUACGUGGCGGAUAAGUCAACGGAGAAGCCUCUGGAGGCUAUGGAAGCAGCUGUCCCGAUUCCAGCGGUACCUCUUCUACGUGGCUGCAGCCCUGCUCCUCGUCUGUUGGCUCCUGUACCAGACGUGGUCUCACACGGAGCUGGCACGACAGUACACGCCCACGGCGAACCCAGAAGCGCCGCACACCUCACGUGACGAACCGGAGGUUGACGAUGCAACUGUCGAUCGCAAGGCAGCGGUCGUGCGGGCGUUCCAGCAUGCCUGGCGCGGCUACAGACGGUAUGCUUGGGGCCACGAUCACCUUCGACCGAUCUCCAAGGACUUCCACGACUGGUUCGGCUUGGGGCUCACCAUUGUGGAUGCCAUGGACACGCUCUUCAUAAUGGGGCUCUCCGAAGAAUUGCAGGAAGCACGGACGUGGGUGUCAAAGUCCCUCCACUUCGACAUUGCCAAGGACGUGAACCUUUUUGAGACCACCAUUCGUGUCAUGGGGAGCCUCCUGAGCAUGUUUCACCUUACAAAGGACUCUCUCUACCUGGACAAGGCUCGUGACCUGGGAGAGCGACUGCUACCGGGAUUCAGUUCCAACUCUGGCAUCCCCUACUCGGAUGUGAACCUGCAGUCGGGAACUGCGCACGCACCCAUUUGGGCCCCGGACAGCACGGUCUCGGAAGUGUCAUCCAUACAGUUGGAGUUCAGAGCCCUCAGCCGAGCAGCCAAGAACCCUGUCUACGAGCAAAAGGCGUUCGCAGUAUCGGAACACCUGCACAAGUUACCAAAGCGAGACGGCCUGGUACCGAUGUUUGUGAAUGCAGACAGUGGGAGGUUCUCCACAACCUCUACACUCACCCUGGGUGCUCGAGCGGACUCUUACUACGAGUACCUCCUGAAGCAGUGGAUACAGACGGGAAAGACUAUUGACUGGCUGAAGGAAGAUUAUUUGACUGCCGUCGAAGGCAUCAGGUCAAACUUGGUCAGGCACUCCAAGCCCGGUGGUCUCCUUUUCGUCGGCGAACUCAUCCGCGGGCAGACGUUUUCUCCAAAGAUGGAUCACUUGGUGUGUUACCUACCUGGAACUUUAGCUUUGGGAUAUCACCAUGGCCUUCCCAGGGACCACCUCGACCUUGCACAGUCUUUGAUGGACACGUGCCUGAAGACAUAUGCUGUCAACCCUACGUUCUUGGCUCCAGAGAUAUCCCACUUCAACAUGGAUGAACACGGAGAUAAGGACAUAAUCGUCAAGUCCAACGACGCUCACAACUUGCUCCGUCCUGAGACCCUGGAAAGUCUAUGGUACCUUUACUAUGUCACCCAGAAUAAGACCUAUCAGGAUUGGGGAUGGCGCAUCUUCCAAGGAUUCAACAAAUAUUGCAAGGUGGAAAGCGGUGGCUACACGUCCAUCAAUAACGUGCGCAGCGCCCUCUUUCCACGCCCGAGGGACAUGAUGGAGAGCUUCUUCCUCGCGGAGACGCUGAAAUAUCUGUACCUGUUGUUCAGCGACGAGGCCACGGAGGCCUAUUCCCCCGACAAGUUUAUCUACAACACUGAAGCUCAUCUACUCCCGAUAUAUGACUCAUAGAAACCAUCAGCGAUCUUCACGGUGUGCACUGUUGGGUUGUGAGGGGACGUUGGCCCGUCAUACCGUCUUGCUGAGGCGCCUUUAUUGUGGUGCGGACAUCAUGGAGACGCCCAGGAGUGGCCGUGGCUCCCCAGUGUGACUCCCCAGCAAACUCCCUCUCAUUUUCUUUGUUGACACGCACAGGUGAACGUUCACUCGCCCCUUUGCUCGAAUGCAGAGUGGGACAUUGCUGCUGCAGAAAGGUCUCGAAUGAACAUUGAUCAAGGAGUUUGAGGCCCAUGCAGCGACUUGACUGUAUGUUAGGCGUUUGGUUUGUUACGUAAGAGAUAGUAAAGAAUAUAUUUUUAUUACUGCCAAAGAAAUAA